AUGGAAUCCACAUCAUCCGAAUAUGAUCAACUCAUUCAAGAACUACAUAAUAACAUCUCUAACGAAAGAAAUUCAAAAGCAUGGUCGGCCUUUAAUAAUGUCAUGUUUCCGAACAUCAAUUCAAAAAACGAAACUCUUGUCAAGGAAAUUAUACUCUACAUGAAUGGCUCCUCAUUUUCUAAUGAUUGGGAAGGCGAAUCAUGUACCCUUGAGAAACCAUGUGAUUCUAUGAACAAGGCUUUCAAAUAUGUCAAUGAAUUGCUGAAUAAUGACACAGCCUUCUUUGCAAGCGGACCCAAUCAACGAAGGCUCAUCAAUAUCAAUUUAAUUAUUGUUGAAAACUUUUCGCCCCAUCCGUUUUCCACUGUGCCAUUCACCUAUGGCAACAUGUACUAUACCAUUGAAUUUUCAUCCUUAAACAAUUCAAUUGCACAACUUUCUCCACUCGGACAAGAUUUUCUUUCCAUUAGAACGGAUGUUCUAGGCUUGUAUUUCCGAAAUUUAGUAAUUUCCUCAGAAUUUAAGGAAUCGAGAACAGCUGCGUUCUUUUUUUAUAAUUGUUUAAUUCUAGCAAAAGAAGUUAUAUGUGGACAGAAAGGAGGAUCAUUGUCUAACAAUGAUGCCUAUCAAGUAAUACUUGAUACAGUUAUUUUAUACAAGUCUGUCAACAUGGUCAUUGGAUCACACAGAUAUAUUGAGAUGUAUAAUUUUAAAACUAUUGGAAAUGAGCAAGACCAAUUCAAUAUUGCAGUUAUGCUAGGCAAUUCACAGGUCAAGCUUGAGAGAAUUUUCAUAUUCAAUACUUUCUUUUCUCUCUCUGAUAUUGAGAAAAUGGAUGUUUUUAAUGGUAGUUCAGUAUCUAGUUCCUUCUCGAUCAGUAAGGGAAAUUUGAUAUUUUUUUCUCAAUUUUCGUUUAAGGGUUCUUUCAGUCCUGACAUUGAGAUUUUUUAUGCCGAAUUCUUGAACACUGUUACUCUAUUUAAUUGUCACGCUUCAGAAGCCUCUUAUUUCUUGUUCUUGAAUGGAGUUUUUCAGGUCUAUAUGCAGGACUGUGAAAUUAGAAAUAUCAAUGCUGCCAAUCCUCCAAAGAAAAUGGCGGCAGCUAUCAAUAUUGUCAACACGGCAUCGUUCGGCAUGCUUCGUUGUACAUUCAAAGAUAACAUUGGAACCAAUGGAGGAGAUAUUUAUUUGGACUCUGUUCAUUCUACAUCCAUUACUUCAUGUAAAAUGGAAAAUAGUACAUCUCUAUCUCAUGGAGGAUCUAUAUACUCAAAGACAUCAAAAACGAUGAGAUACAAGGUCACAUUUGCAAUGAUAGAUUUAGAGUUUAAGAAUUGUCAUUGUUCACAAACUGGAGGUGCCAUUUACAUCAAAUAUUCAGAUUCUUUGAUGUUGAAUCAGUGUAAAUUCUUACAAAAUCAUGCAUGGGUGAGUGGUGGUGCCAUCAUGAUAGCAGAAGGAAUCGAUAUUCAAAUUGACAGACAAUCUUUCUUUUCGGGAAAUAAGGUAAUGUUCAUUGACAAGGAACGAUCACCUCAUUCGGGAGGAGGAGGAGCCAUCACAAUCUCGUCAGCUCAAUCGGUUCUUCUUGAAGGCUUUCUAAAAGAUAAUAAGGCCUUUCGAGGAGGUGGUGCAUUUCUUGGAAAUAUAACCUUCUAUAUCAAACAAAAAACAACUGAUUUUACAAGAGCGUAUUUUGUAAACAAUGAGGCCUUCUUAUCUGGUGGAGCCUUGUUUUUCGCUCAACCUGUAGCAAGUUCUUUCCUUCAAGCGGUUGAGUUUGUGGGAAAUACUGCUGACAAAUAUGGUUCUGAUUUUACGGGAAGUAUUUCACGUUUGCUGAUGAGAAAUACCGAGAAGAAGAGUAUUAUUCCUGGAGCUGAAUUCAAUAUUGCUCUUUGGGCCUAUGAUCUAUUUGGGAAUAAUAUUAGCUCGUUUGAUGAAAAUAUCACCGUUCAUAGCAAUUAUCCCUUACUGAAAGUGGUCUCUCAAACAAUGAGUGAAAGCACAAGCCUAUCAUUGACUGUCUAUUUAACGAAUAAGACAGCUACUCCAAGUAAUCAUCAUCCCAUACUACUUUACUUUAAAUCGUUUUAUGCAACAACCACCCUUCGAGUGAAUAUUUUGCCAUGCCCACAGAACUGGAGACUUGCUCGAAUUGCCUCAGAAAAUCCAGAAGUAGCAAUCUAUGGAUGUGUGGAAGAACCUCGUUUUCCUGAGUAUGCCAUUGUAGCGAUUGUCAUUUGUAGUGUCUUGUUCUUUACAGUGGGUAUUUUGUUUGGAAUUGGAAUUGUCUACUUGGUUGUGAAGGUUUUACAAAGGUUGGCUCAACUCAGCAAGAAAGAGAAGGCAGAACGAGAAUUGGAACAGAAAAUUCUGGACAAGAAAGUAAUAUUUGAGACUGAUGAAAACGACACACAAAAGACAUCAAAUGGAAAUUCCAAGCACAGUGCAAGCUCAUCACUUCUCGAAAGUGAUUACCUCAAUAACAAUUCCAAUCAACAUUCCUCAUUCAUCAUUCCAAUUGAGGAUAUUAAAAUCAAGAAAAAGAUUGGAGAAGGAGGUAAUGCACUUAUUUAUCUGGGAGAAUGGUCUCAUCUGGAAGUAGCAAUUAAAACCUUAAAAGUCAAUGAUACAGAUAGUUUAGAUUUUGAGAGAGAAGUGGCAAUCCUUGCAAGGCUUAGACAUGCCAAUAUUGUAACAUUUUACGGAUGCUGUAUCACAGCGUCAAGCAAAUUUUUAGUGACCGAAUAUGUGAAAAGAGGGAGUCUUGAAAGAGCUCUAUACAAAAGUAAGAAUGGUAAAGAGUUGUUGACCUUUUCAGAGAAAUUGAAAAUUUUAAUCGGUGUGUGUAAUGGAAUGUCGUAUUUGCAUUCACUCAAGAUUGCUCAUCGAGACUUGAAACCUGGAAAUAUUUUGUUAGAUGAAAAUCUCAAUGCAAGGGUAUGCGAUUUUGGUCUUGGAAAAGUACUGCAAUCAAAUUCCAUUCAACACACCAUGACCACAACUGUGGGUACUGUGUUUUAUAUGGCACCGGAAGUAUUGGAUUCCAAUGAUCACUCUGACCAUCCUCUCAACAAGAAGACUGCAGACAUUGCCAAGAAGGUAGAUGUCUAUAGUUUUGGGAUCAUUUUGUGGGAAGUCUUCUUUGAAAAAACUCCCUAUGUAGACGAUAUUCAAUCAUCUACAUUUAAAGUACCCUAUUUGGUUGUUCAGGGUUUACGACCCUUAAUUUUGUUUAAGAGCAGAGAAGAUGUUCGAAUGUGGAUAAGUUCUGCACCGAUCAUGUCUCGUGAGACCAUCUCUGACGUCAGCAGUUUGGCCGAUGCUAUUUAUGAAUAUUUUGAGUUGAUGAAGCAAUGCUGGAAAACAGAACCACAAGAGCGACCAAGUUUUGAAGAGAUUCGAGAAGUUUUGAUAACCAUUUCCAGCAAGAUCAAUCAAAGCCUCUAA